AUGGCUUGGGCUCCCAAGGAGUACAGUCCAUCACUGGCACCAGGUCAGGACGGUUCAGCCCUCCGAUGGCGUGGGCUCCCAAGGAGUACAGUCCAUCACUGGCGCCAGGUCAGGACGGUUCCGCCCUCCGAUGGUUUGGACUCCCAAGUAGUACAGUCCAUCACUGGCGCCUGCAUCUUGUUAAACGUGUUCCAGGUUUCUAUUGUGGUACAGCCCGGGGUGUGGGUGUGGCACACGCUUCGAGAUGGCAUUGGCGAUCGCGUCAGGAACAUGCGAGAAUUGUGUAUUCUACUUCAAAAUUUCAAAGAAUACGUAGAUAUGGCCGAUUAUUUUGAAGAAAUGGGAUGGCAACCUUUGGGACCUGGAGAAACUCCUAACCAUCUCUUGCAUUUAGUGAGAUUGUUGCGUGAUUUUGGUAUGUGGGAAGAGCUUGGACAGGAUCAGAGGCUUCCUCCGCCUGCAUCUAAAGAAGUUGUUCGGAAUUUGGAGGAAAAGGAAAUUUCGGUCACUGGAUCCCAGUGUCCAGUAUGUUUAAAAGAACAUGAAAUAGGAGAAACUGUUAAAGUUUUGCCUUGUAAACAUUCUUUUCAUGGGACCUGUAUAUUACCAUGGCUAGACAAAACCAGCACAUGUCCACUGUGUCGUAAUGAGUUGCCAACAGAUGAUGAGGAAUAUGAGAAUUAUAAGAAAGAAAAACUCAGAGCAAAGGCUAGACAAGAUGACUUGGAUACUUUGCACAAUUCUAUGUUUUCGUGAAAUUUAAAUUUGGCAGAUUUGGGUUCUGUUAAGAUGGUAUAUUUUGUUUGGAAAGGAAGGUGACAAUUUUGUAAAUACAUUUUUCAGUGUUAUUGUUUACUCAUAAUGGCGACAUUAAAAUAUAUUAAGUUCUACCUUCUGUUUGUUGUUUUGCCAUGAAUUAAUAUACAUUUAUUCCAUGUGUUAGAAGUUAUAUUCAUAUAUCAAUAUUGUAUCAAUUGUUGUUUUUCAAGAAGUAUAUUUAUACUGUAUUUUAUAAUGUUCUGUGAGAAAAUAAGUUUUCUUAAAUAUAAAAUAAUUUUAAUUACCUUUUUAUAUAGAAAUAAUACGUAUUCUAUUACUCCCAUUUGUUCUUUAAAAUAUUGUAGAUCCUUUCCCAGAGUCAUUGUGUGUUAUUACAAUAAGUAUUUAAGGUUCAUCCAAUGGACAUUAGUAUGUAUAUGUAUAUCUACACUUCUGUCUUCAUACUAUUAGUUUUGUUCCUGGUAAUGUUUGUUCAGUUUUAUUCACAUAUCAAUGAUCUGUAUUUUCUUCCAAUCACAAGUGCAUUCUGUUGGCAUUCUUAUGCUCACACAGGGGCAAUUUCAAUGCCAGUGUGUACGCCAGCAGUGGGUAUCUGUUACUCCCUUGUGCAAAAUUCUUUAAGCAACACGUUUCGGUUUUCACAUAUCAUCCCAUGAUAAAGGUUGCAGCAGUUGUUGCACGUUUUGCACUUACUCUGAAAAUCUGGCUUGUGAUAUGUUCUGUUACUGCAGGAACUGUGAUGAUGUCAUUGUGGGUUAUAGUGGGCACAUUUUUUCCCCCCCAGCUGAUAUCGUUUUGCAUCCUUAAUACCUUCAUCAAGCAGUUGCAUCAUUUCCCUGAAAUAUUGAAGAAAGUGAUUUGAUAUUUCAGUGUGUUGAUGAUUGCUUACUUUUAAAUCAAUCUCUUUGAAUUCUGCCCUCAAGUGUUUUUGAUUCAUAUUCACAGACUUCUUGGGGUUGUGUUUUUCAUUGAUGCCAUUGAAUGCUUUUUUGUGCCUUCAUGAACAUUUAGUUUUUGAUUUAUUAUUAAUUCUGCAAUUAAGUUUGAGAACUUGGUGGCAGAAUAUACUAACUUCAUAUUACAGAACUUAACUACUUUACAAACUUAACAAAUCAACAUGAACAUUUCACCGUGCAAACUUUCAUAGCACUCCUCCUCACCACACUUCACUCAGUGCACUGCAGAUCACUGAACUAUUAUGUCCUUCUUAGACACUCAUUACCCACAACUUCACAAUGCAAUUACACUGCAUGCCAAUGAACAUAAUUAAUAAUAAUAAUAUUAUUAUAAUAAGUGAUAGUGAUAAUAUAACUUACUAUGCAUAGUAGACUACUAAUUUAAUAUUAGAGAUAUUUGUAAUACACAUAUGAAAAUCUAGGAAGUUAAUUAAUUUUUAAAUUUGCUUAGGCUUUGAUAAAUGAUUAUUACAGGGAAACUGUUUCAGUCUCUAAUUGUUUGAUUUGCGAAUGAAUAUUUCCCAACAUUUGUUUUCUGAAUACUUGUCUGAAUUUUGUGCAUAUGACCCACUCUGCCAAAAUAUGUAGGAUUUCCUAAUCGACUUUCAAUUUCUUUCCAUGCUUGAAAGCCUGUGUAUGCUAUAUACAUAGCAUUUGUUCUCCUUCUUUUGAGUGUCUCCUAUACUCUUUUAUUCUUGAUAUCCCUGAAAAUUUUGAUGCUCUAUGCCAAACCGUUUCUAGAUUCUUUUGCUGCUUAAUUCUGUAGAUAUUUUGUAGAUUAUGACUGGCUAAGAAAGUGAAGGCUCAUCAUCAGAAUUGCAU